GUCGGAGUUGGAACUCCGAGAUCUGAAAAUGGGAUGCGCUCUUUCUUCGGUGACGCCUGUUUUGGAAUCUGUCUGGAGCUAGGAGCCCAGACGUCCGCCCCUCCGCCUUGAAUGGCACCGCCGACCGGUUUCUGAAAGAUCUGCUUGGCUGGAGCGGACGCUGCGGUCGGCCGACACCGUGCGGGAACUCUGGCGGUGCUAUAAGACAGUGCUUCAGAAGCCGCUCCCUCUAACUUUCCCACACCGCUCACACCCUGGCACCCCCCGCGGCGGGCUGCGUUGGCGACGGGGAGCCAUUCCGUAGUGCCAUUCCGAGCAACGCACUGCCGCAGCUUCUCUGAGACUUUUCAGCAAGUUUGUUCAAGAUUGGCUCCCAAGAAUCAUGGACUGUUAUUAUAUGCCUUGUUUUCUGUCAAGACACCAUGAUUCCUGGUAACCGAAUGCUGAUGGUCGUUUUAUUAUGCCAAGUCCUGCUAGGAGGCGCGAGCCAUGCUAGUUUGAUACCUGAGACCGGGAAGAAAAAAGUCGCCGAGAUUCAGGGCCACGCGGGAGGACGCCGCUCAGGGCAGAGCCAUGAGCUCCUGCGGGACUUCGAGGCGACACUUCUCCAGAUGUUUGGGCUGCGCCGCCGUCCGCAGCCGAGCAAGAGCGCCGUCAUCCCGGAUUACAUGAGGGAUCUUUACCGACUCCAGUCUGGGGAAGAGGAGGAGGAAGAGCAGAACCAGGGAACCGGACUGGAGUACCCCGAGCGUCCAGCCAGCCGGGCCAACACCGUGAGGAGUUUCCAUCACGAAGAACAUCUGGAGAACAUCCCAGGGACCAGUGAGAACUCUGCUUUUCGUUUCGUCUUCAACCUCAGCAGCAUCCCAGAGAAUGAGGCGAUCUCCUCUGCAGAGCUCCGGCUGUUUCGGGAGCAGGUGGACCAGGGCCCUGACUGGGAAUGGGGCUUCCACCGGAUAAACAUUUAUGAGGUCAUGAAACCCCCAGCAGAAAUAGAGCCUGGACACCUCAUCACACGACUACUGGACACCAGAUUAGUCCACCACAAUGUGACACGGUGGGAAACUUUCGAUGUGAGCCCUGCAGUCCUUCGCUGGACCCGGGAAAAGCAGCCCAAUUAUGGGCUAGCCAUUGAGGUGACUCACCUCCACCAGACACGGACCCACCAGGGCCAGCAUGUCAGGAUUAGCCGAUCGUUACCUCAAGGGAGUGGAGAUUGGGCCCAGCUCCGGCCCCUCCUGGUCACUUUUGGCCAUGAUGGCCGGGGCCAUACCUUGACCCGCCGCCGGAGGGCCAAGCGUAGUCCCAAGCAUCACCCACAGCGGUCCAGGAAGAAGAAUAAGAACUGCCGACGCCAUUCACUCUAUGUAGACUUCAGUGAUGUGGGCUGGAACGACUGGAUUGUGGCCCCACCGGGCUACCAGGCCUUCUACUGCCAUGGGGACUGUCCCUUUCCACUGGCGGAUCACCUCAACUCAACCAACCAUGCCAUUGUGCAGACCCUGGUCAAUUCUGUCAACUCGAGCAUUCCCAAGGCCUGUUGUGUCCCCACUGAACUGAGUGCCAUCUCCAUGCUGUACCUGGAUGAGUAUGACAAGGUGGUACUGAAAAAUUACCAGGAGAUGGUGGUAGAGGGAUGUGGGUGCCGCUGAGAUCAGGCAUCCCUGAGGACACACACACAACACACA